CUUUGCUACCACUCUUUCAUUCGAACAGGGUAUGCAGCAGAAGAUCCAAGUGCUCAAGCUGACGAACCAAAGCCUCCUUAGAAGAAAGAUGCAUGAAAGCUAUUGCAUGUCGAGUCUCCGAGUUCUGCACAGAGCUCAGCCGAGCAUCCAAUCUGACGCCCAACUCUUGUCUUGGCGUCGCCGGAUACAGCAUCGUUCAAUCAGCCUCGCUAUCCUGUGAGCAUUAUUGCCGAACCACAUUUCCAGCGUUGAGUGGUCGAUCUCACAAUAGAGGGAUAUGAUUUCGCAACCUAAGCGAAGCCGCAUGUCAAGCCUCCAAAAAUGCCACAAGGUUGGAACUCUACCUAGCUAUAACGGGGAACACUGCUCCGUAAUGUGAGCGAAAAAUCCUACUUAAGUUGACUGCUAAACUGGCCUAGCUAAUCACGCUUAUGUAUAUCUUCCAAACACAGCACAUUGAUCUUUGAUAAAAACGGGAAUUUUCCUCUUUUUUGCAGAGCAGAGUCCCAUCUGACCGCAUGGCGCAUCUUUUGGUUUUGAUAGUUUGCGCUGGCCUUGCUCUUGCUGGCGGAGGCGGAGAGGAUUUACAAGGAGGCUGGAAAACUACCACUGCUUGCUACACAACCUCGAGUCCUACCUACAUAUCCUCCUCGCACACGACAGUGACGUCCUGGGUAUGGUACGAAGUAACUCAAACGACUUCUAUUUUCUACACCAGUAUAGAAACAACAACAAGCCAAACCACCGUCUCGUACACAGAAACGAAAACAAGUCCAACUACACUUUCUUUUACAUACACGGAAAUGGCAACAACUUCAAUACCAUACCCAGUACUCUCGACGGAAACGGACGUCAACACAGUUACAGUUGAGAUUUCCUCAACUAUGAUAGAUUACGAAACUUUCUAUUACACCGCAACUGAUACAGUCACCUCUCUCACUACAGAGCCGGCCGUUACUGUUUUCAUUAGCACCACUAUAGUCGAAAUCGAUACUCUACCGCCCACAACAGUGACCACCACAACUCCUGACUGCCAGUUCUGCAAGAUAAAUCUAUACGCGGAGGUUCUGACAUUCCCCACGGUCUACGUUACAUCGACAGUCUACGCCACGACGUAUGAAAUUUAUACGACAUACUCUGGAAGCAACACCAUUUACUCUACUCAGACAAUCUAUCCUGCAGUAUGCCCCAAUUCAUGCAUCGAGACAACUGAAAGCACAUGGAUUUACCAAAACGUCGUCCUCACGUCACCGACGACAUACCUUUUUUAUACCAGCUUUGAACUUGGCUACUUGGAACCCAAUCCAACAAUUUAUGGCUGUGGCGAGCUUAUGUUCAAGACUCUCGAUAUUGGGACUUCCUCGACCAAUUUUGUUGAGCUGAUUUGGCCAACCGAUGCUGUCCCAACAACGCCCACUCCAGCACAGGACGGACUGCUUUCAUUCCUAGACACUAUUCCAACUGUGGUGUCGCAGCUCAGUGGAGUUCCAGCAAAGUCCUGUGAUACACCAGAUGUAGAUGCCGAACAAAUUUUAUCCACGGUUACGAGGACAAUUGCUUCCACUGUAAACAGCGCCGUAAUUUAUUUAAACAAGCCAAGUUUGAACACUAUGACUGCUUCUUCCAAUGGCGAUGGUGAUAUUUCCCCUACACCACCUCCAGCUUUGGCAUCAAUAACACAGCCUUCAUCUGUUGAGUCAACCAGGACUCCAAGUAGUGCGACCACGAGAAAUACUCCUGCUGCGAGUGCUUCACCUGCUGCAUCUAGCGCCUUCAGCGAAUCGACGUCUCCAACUACGGGAUCAAUAAGCGGAAUUUCGAUAUCCAGUGUAGAGGCCAGCAGCACCAUUUCGCCAGCGGCGACGGGAGUUGCCACAACUCAGGAAACAUCGACCUCGCAAGGCACCUCGCCGAACACGCAGUCUAGUCCGUUCAGCACGAGCACCUCAUCAGCAAGCACCACGGCAGCAAGCAACGUGACAGACGUCACAUUCACGCUGACACAAACGGUGACUCUCUCAACGGUGACGGUCACUGUGUCCUACGGCACAAGAACCGCCCUCUCCGUGACCCAGCUUCUCUACGCAUUGAUUCCGGUCCUCUUGGCGGCGUGGAUGUCCUAGGCAGAGACGUCCCGUGUCCGAACACCAAGCGUUUGUUACCUGUUCGUCGUGGUCCGGGCCGCCACGAGGAGCCCCCUUCCGCCAAAGAUCUAGCUGUUUAAUGUUCGCCCAAAGUAAUUUUUAAUCGCUCUUCGCCCACUGUAGGCAUGAGCUAACAGCUGCCAUUCAUUGGGCAUAAAUAUCCAUCUGAACACCGGCAAAACCUGCGCCAAAGUCUAGCUUGCGAGCUAGUUAACUUAUAAGGAUCGACAUGCGAUUCUACACGCUCCUUGUUAGAUAGUCUUGAACAACACAACCUCUUAAUGCUUAAAAUUGAACAAGUCCGUGAUAAAAGUUCUUGUAGUUCGCCACUACCGUCAUUGCUCAGUCUGCGGAUUGCUUAAUCUUCUAGAGUACGCGAUACUUUGAGCUGAAAGAUAGUUAUGGACGCCAUUCUGACCAGUUUAAUCCGGAAGGAUGCCAAGGC